AUGAAAAAUAGAACAUCUGUGACUGAAUUCAUCCUCCUGGGUCUGACUGAUAAUCCAGAAGUACAAGUUAUAAUUUUCUUCUUUCUAUUUCUCACCUAUGUACUGAGUGUUACUGGAAAUCUCACCAUCAUCAUUCUUACCUUGCUGGAUUCCCACCUGAAAACCCCCAUGUAUUUUUUCCUCAGGAAUUUCUCCUUCUUAGAAAUUUCAUUUACUUCUGUCUGUAAUCCUAGAUUUUUGAUCAGCAUCCUAACUAGAGACAAAUCUAUUUCCUACAGUGCUUGUGCAGCUCAGCUGUUUUUCUUCAUCCUUCUUGGCUCGACAGAGUUUUUCCUUCUAGCCUGUAUGUCCUAUGAUCAUUAUGUGGCCAUCUGCAAGCCAUUGCAUUAUACAAACAUCGUGAGUAACAAGAUCUGCUAUCAGCUUGUGGUCAGCUCUUGGCUGGCUGGUUUCUUGGUAGUUUUCCCACCACUGGCCAUGGGCCUGCAGCUGUAUUUCUGUGACUCCAAUGUCAUUGACCACUUCACCUGUGAUUCUGCUUCUUUACUGCAGAUCUCUUGCUCAGAUACAAGUACUCUAGAGCUCAUGAGCUUUGUUUUAGCUGUGCUUACUCUUAUGUCCACUUUGGUGUUAGUAAUCCUUAAGACAAUUCUGAAAAUCCUUUCAGCUCAACAAAGAAAAAAGGCCUUCUCAAUCUGCUCAUCCCAUAUCAUAGUUGUCUCUAUUUCUUAUGGAAGCUGCAUCUUCAUGUACAUGAAAACAUCAGCAAAGGAAGGGGUUACUUUGACAAAAGGUGUAGCUAUGCUCAAUACCUUUGCUCCUAUGCUGAAUCCCUUUAUUUACACUUGAAGGAACCGGCAAGUGAAACAAGCAUUUAAAGAUGUUGUGAAUAAGAUCAUUUUUUCAAAAGCAUUGAUCUGA